AAUUAACGUUUUACAUAUCUACAUUACUCAUCUGAGUCGAAAGUUCCAAUUCGUUAAAAUUAGAAAUGAAAGUGGGUUUUAUUGGUGCCGGUCGAAUGACCUAUGCCUUAUGCAAGGGGUUUUUAAAGUCUUGUAAGUAUCUCUAUGGAGUAUUACUGUAUUAAUCAUUCGAAUUAUUAAAAUAUCCAAAUAAAGCGUUUGCUAUUUUUGUUAAAUUGAUAAAAAACUGUUUAUGAGACUUUUGUUUUUUUGCAUCGUCUUCUUUCAUACAAUCAUCUAUCCAAAAGACUAAUAGAUAAGAGUACCAUAUAGUUAGAGCGUUAACAUUAUAAUAAGCUCAUUAUUACGUUAUUGUAAAAUAUUAUACAAGAUAUUGCAUCUUAAAAUUAUUGCGUUGUCAUUGAAAAGUAUAGUUGCCACAUGGCUUUCUUUCAAUGAAUGUUUCACUUCUUUUUCCCGCCAACAUUUAAAAAUAGAAUUUUAAUUUGUACUAGUAUAUUACAGUAUUAAUUAUAUAUAAACAUGUUUCAUUUUAUUGUUAGCACUUGUAAAACCAUCAGAAAUAACUGCUAGUGACCUCAAUAGAUCAAAGUUGAGAGAAAUAAAGGUAUAGUAAUUGAAAAUGCUUUUAAUUAAUUAAAAUAAAUAAAUUUAAUUAGAGCUUUCGUAUACAAUGUGCAAAAACAUUGCGAUCGCACUAGAAAUUUGUAUAUAAUCUUUUCUUACGCGAUUUUAUUCAGAUUUGUUGAUUAUUAUAUAUCAGUACUAAUGAAGAUGAAUAUAGUAAUGUGCAUAAAAUGUGCCUAAAAUGCUCAGAUGUUUUAAAAUUUUAGAUCGAAGAUUCUUCUUAUAUUAAAAAUAUGGCAGCACGUAUUUCUCUUCCUGAAAAUACAUAUUGUAACUGUUAAACAUAGGAUAAUCAGACCUAUUUCUAGAACAUCUCGAUAAAUAUGAGUCAUUUUGCAACAUUUUGUCAAAAUAGUCACCAUGUGUUGAUUAGGCUAGCGGAACAAAAUUGACAUUAGAAGAGAGAACAGAAAUUCUCGUCUUAUCAGAAGAAGGCAAUUCUGCAAGAGAUAUUGCUAAAAAAAUGAAGAGGCAUAACUCAACAAUCUCUUGACUCCUCAGCAAUCCAGAAGGUUAUGGCCUAAAGAUGAAGAAUAGAUCAGAAAGAAAACUCACAGUGGAACUAUUAGGAAGAAGAUAGAAAGCACUACCAGUAAUAAGUAGAUUUCGGCUAAAAGAAUAAAACACCAGUUGGUUCUGCUUGGCAUUAACCAAAAAAUUCGAUGUUUUAAAUGAACAUAACCCAAAAUAUCGAAAAAUAUUAAAAAGGCCAAAACUUUUGAUGAUAUGGGGAGGAGUUGUUACCUAUGAAUGGAAGACUUCUUCCUAUGCAUUUAUUGGGCUGAGUAUGUAGUCUGCUGCAGGAUAUAGCCCUUAUACAUAGGGUUCUUAAAACAAAAAUCUUUUUGAUAGAAGAUAUUAAAAAAAUGAACUGCCAUAAAAUUCUUCAGAUUUCAACAUUAUUGAAAACAUCUGGGGAAUGAUGGCCAAAAGAGUAUAGGAAAAUUGGAAGUAGAGUUGAAAACAGCCAUCUCUGAGGCCUGAACUGAUUGUAUCAGCCUCCUAUUUAUUAAAAGCUGUAUUGAUUCCAUACCAGAUAGAUACAGACUGUAUUUGGCAAAUAAGGAAAAAAAUACAGAAUAUUAUGCAGAUUAAUAAGUAGAUUUUAAAGGAAGACAGAUAUUUGUCGUCACAUUUUAAAAGUAAUAUAUAUAAAAGAAAAUCUUUGAUUUAGAAGAGCAAGAAAUCUGAGCAUCUUGGAUAUAUUUUGCUCAAAUGACUAUACUCAUCAUUACUAAUAUAAUAUACUAUUUUUCCAACAGAUUUUAAGACAGUCGUACCAAAAAAAAAGAUUAUGUACAAAUUUUUAGUGCUACCACAAAUUGUUUUGCGCAGUGUUUGUACAUUAUACUGUAUAUUAGUACUAUUAUUACAAUUUAACACAGAGGGACCUUGGUAUCAAAACUGCUGAAAGUAAUGUAGAUAUCGUUGGUAAAAAUAAAGUGGUAUUUUUAGCUGUGAAACCGAAUAUAAUUAAAGACAUUUUAACUGAAAUUAACGAUAAAUCAAGUAUAGAAAAGGCAUUAUUCGUUUCUAUAGCAGCCGGUGUUACAACACAACGAAUAGAAAGUGUAUGAAUUAUUACUUAAUUAUUUAAUUAACAACUGGUUCUCUUUUUUUUUUGGUAAAAAAUUAGCUUCUUCCGGAAAAAGCAAGAGUAAUUAGAGUAAUGCCAAAUACUCCUUGUUUAGUUCAAUCGGGUGUUUGUGUUUUUACGAGAGGUAAGCAUGCUAAUGAAAGUGAUGCUGAUUUAGUUACGGAAAUGUUAAAUUGCGUGGGUCUCGUUGAAGAAAUGCCAGAAACUUUGAUGGAUACUGUUACCGGACUAAGCGGAAGUGGACCAGCUUAUGCCUUUGUAACAAUUGAAGCUUUGGCGGAUGGAGGAGUAAAAAUGGGUUUAAACAGAGAACAAGCCUUGAGGUUGUCUGCUCAAACUUUAAUGGGUGCGGCUAAAUUGGUCUUGGAGAGUGGUAAACAUCCGGAAGUUCUUAAGGACGAUGUCUGCUCACCAGGAGGUACGUCUAUUCACGCUCUCCACCAAUUGGAAAAAGGACAAUAUAGAGCAACUUUAAUGAAUGCUGUUGAAGCUGGUACUUUACGCUCAAAGGAGUUGGGUGAACCAAUAUAAACUAAAAGAAACUAUAUAUUUUUUAUUAUUUACAAUUAACAAAUUUACAAAUGAAUUUCUCCCUUUCAACUAUAGUUGAUAUUGCACGAUUGUUUAACUUUUUUCUUAUAUGAAAACGAGACACAAUUGAUCUUUAACUAAAUAAAGUAUACAUUUUAUUUUUUUUACUGGAUGACUGAAUACGAAUUGUCCUUUAACCAAAUCGCUGACAAAAGUGAGAAACUCGUUCUGGACACUUUUUCGUUGACUACUACUCUUUAGUAAAUAAUUGUUAUUCCGACGGAUUGCUUAUCAAUAGUAUUUUCACUUUUAUCAAUAACUAAUUAGCUUUUUCCUUACUAUCACCCUCUCAAUAAUUUCAUAUUAAUAAAGUAAAGGAAAAAACACAACUGGUU